GCCUGGAUCUGUCUUGUGGCUGCUUUUGCACUUUCCGAGGGCGGCUGUACUUGACUGAGCUGCAGAACAGACAGUAGAGACACUGAGAGAGGAGAGAGAGAGCGAGAGAGCAAGCAAGCUAGCAAGCGUGCGAGCCAGCCAGCAAGGGAGCCAGCUAGAGGGAGGGAGAGGAGAGGGAGGGGUGGGGGCGAGAGGUAAAUACUCUUAAAUCGGAAGGGAGCUGCCUCCACUGUGGUCCUGACAGGCGCUGCCUGGGCUCCGUGGCGCUGUAAUAACUGGGUGACCUUUUCUUGGGCUGUAUUAUGUCUGGCUGGGAAGGGAUUGCAUUUUGCGGCUGAGAGCCAGGGCUUCCUUCAGCUCGGGCUCCUCGCAGGCUGCUGGGGUAAGUUGUCUGGAGCCAGGACCAAGAGAGACAUCCCCCGGACUGCAGUUGCCUAAAAGAAGGACACCUGUGGCUCGCAUGCGGUCCACACUGGUACUUGGCGGAUCCUGGAGGACCUCAUUAUUUUAAACUUAAAAAAAAUAGAGAGAUUCCACCACCUUUUUUUUUUCAAACAAUGUUUCUUUUUGACCUUUCCCAAGGAGAAGCGCUACCAAGCAGCCGCUGAGCUCACUGAACACCCUCCCCUGUAUCGCUUAAUUGAGAAGGCAUACAAAUGCUCUCAGUUCAGCCAGACACCAAGCCGAAAGGUUGUGCUGGCUGCAACCGCAAAAUCAAGGACCGGUAUCUCCUAAAGGCGCUGGACAAAUAUUGGCAUGAGGACUGCCUGAAGUGCGCCUGCUGCGACUGUCGUUUGGGAGAGGUGGGCUCCACCCUGUACACUAAAGCUAACCUUAUCCUUUGUCGCAGAGACUACCUGAGGCUGUUUGGUGUAACGGGAAACUGUGCUGCCUGUAGCAAGCUCAUCCCUGCCUUUGAGAUGGUAAUGCGAGCCAAGGAUAACGUGUACCACCUGGACUGCUUUGCCUGUCAGCUUUGCAAUCAGAGAUUUUGUGUCGGAGACAAGUUUUUCUUAAAGAACAAUAUGAUCCUCUGCCAGACAGACUACGAGGAAGGCCUAAUGAAAGAAGGUUAUGCACCCCAGGUCCGCUGAUCCAUCAACGUCAGCCCCGGCAACACAAAGCACUACAUCCUUUUAUCUUUUUUGCUCACGUGUACAUAAGAAUUGACACAGGAACCUACUAAAUAGGGUAGUUAGAGGACAGCAGGAUGACCCCAUGGAAGAGAAGGCGGACUGCAUCUGUAUGUAGUGAAAUUGCCCAAGUUCAAGAGUUGAAUGUUCAUUAUUAAAGAAAGAAAACUAAUGUAUAUAUUGCUGAAUUUUUUUU